GCAAGCUAAACAAUCUCCAUUUUGUGAGAGCCUUUCAGCUGACUAAAACGUCGUCCCAGUGAAAAGGAAGAUUUAAAGAAAGAAAAACAAAUUAAGCAGACCAGUCUAUCGCUAACCAGUUAUUAUCCGAAAGGAAAGGAAAUCUUAUCGUAUGUCCGCUAUCCAGAACCUCCAAACUUUCGACCCAUUUGCUGAUGCAACUAAGGGUAAUGACAGGCUCCCAUCUGGGACUGACGACUACAUCCACAUAAGAAUCCAGCAGCGUAACGGCAGGAAGACUCUGACCACGGUCCAGGGCAUAGCCAUCGACUAUGAUAAGAAGAAGCUAGUCAAGGCCUUUAAGAAGAAAUUUGCCUGCAAUGGGACAGUGAUUGAGCACCCAGAGUAUGGGGAAGUGAUUCAGCUGCAAGGUGACCAGCGCAAGAAUAUCUGCACAUUUCUGAUUGAGAUUGGCCUGGCGAAAGAGGAGCAGCUCAAGGUCCACGGAUUCUAGAAGCUCUCAGCAGCCCCCUCUCCCCUGGUUGUGAUACUUCUCUCCCCCGUGCUGCAAUCACCGCAUCCCCUUUAAGAUAAUGAAUACCUCUGAAUUGAGACUUUUUACUACCAGUUUAACUCUCCCCUCAUACGGGAGCAGUCCAGUGCAAACAUGGACAAACGGCUUGACAGAUGUGGGAUGAGUGGUGAUUUAGUUUUUUUCCUUACAUUUUUUAGUUUGCUGUGUGAUGGGCACAAUUCCAUGUAACUCUUUUUGUUUUGUACAAGUUUCAAUAAAAUGAUCAACCGCCACCUCA